AUGGUUAGUACCGCUUUGAGUCCAUCAGAUGAUGUAAAGGAAACUGAUUACAAGUCAAGUGGGAGUGGCUCCACUGCAGUUGACUCAGAAAACACCACCACUUUUAGUCAAAUGAGGCACAGAGUUGAUACAGCCAGUUCCACCGCUUCUACCUCAACUACAGACACUAAAAUUUCUUCACAAGAUACCCGCACUCUGUCAUCUCGUCGCAAGCCCAAGAGAAAUAGAUCCUAUAUCAAUGUUGCUCCACUAAAUACCCCUUUAAGUCAUAGGUUGGAAACUGUUGGGGUAAUUUGGCAUUGCAUCAGCAUCCCCUUUUUCCUAUGCUUAUUCCUCUUUUUGAUCUCCUUGGGCUGGAUAGUUUGGCUUACAAUUAUAUUACCCUAUUUCAUAUGGUGGUAUGGCUUUGACUUGCACACGCCUACAAAUGGCAAAGGUACUUAUCGCGUUCGCAAUUCAAUGAAAAACCUCAUCAUAUGGGAAUGGUUUGUUAAUUAUUUCCCAAUCAGGUGUUACAAAACUGUCGAUUUGGAGCCUACGUUCGAUAAAGUAUUGUUGAGGGAUACAGGAAGCUCGGAAGAUGAUGAACAAGACUUGAUACUGGAGUCGCUGCUAACUUCAUUGGACCAUUUGUUCAAAUUCUUGGGGUUAAAAAAGAGAAUAAAUACAGCAGACGAUGCUGUACUGAUAAAGUCUAAUUCCUCAGUUUACAAAAAAGUUUCAUCUGGACCUAGAUAUAUCUUUGGUUAUCAUCCCCAUGGAGUUAUAUCCAUGGGUGCUGUUGGGUUAUUUGGUACAAAUGCCUUGCGGAAUGAGCCAUAUGAACCAGUGCUGAAAUGGUUGAAACCCUUUUUUCAUGACCCUUCGAAACACACUCCUUUAUUUCCAGGCAUAGGCAAGAUAUUCCCUUUGACAUUGACUACCCAAUUCACAAUACCAUUCUACCGUGACUAUUUGAUGGCCUUGGGUAUUAGCAGUGCCUCUGCUAAAAAUAUAAAGAGUUUAAUCACUAAUGGUGAUAAUUCCAUCUGCCUUGUUGUUGGUGGCGCUCAAGAGUCAUUAUUGAAUAACAUGAUUGCGAAAAACUCAAGGAUAGGAUAUGGCUAUAGGGAAGACAAUGAGACUGAAGAAAGCGAUGAAAAAAGUAGUAGCAGCAACAGCAACAACAACAGCAACAGCCAUCAAACAAAAACAAGUGAGUCUCCACAUCGCGAGGUAAAGUUGGUUCUCAACAAGCGUAAGGGAUUUGUCAAAUUGGCCAUCGAACUAGGUAAUGUUUCUCUUGUACCAACAUUUGCAUUUGGUGAAGCUGACGUUUAUAGAUUAACCGUCCCACCCCCAGGCUCGCUUGGCUAUAAGUUCCAACAAUGGAUGAAAAAAACAUUUGCAUUUACAGUUCCAUUCUUUAGUGCCAGAGGAGUUUUCAUUUAUGACUUUGGCUUUUUGCCAUAUCGCAAUCCAAUAAACAUUGUUGUUGGAAAACCAAUCCACAUCCCUGAAGGAAUCUUGCAGGAUUAUAGACUAAACCACCCCGAGGAAUUCGAGGAUGAGAUUAUUGACGCUAAAGGGGAUUUAUCAAAAGAAAAAGAAGAAGAAGAUGGAUCACCUUCAACGAAGAUGGAAAAGACUGGAUCUUUUACGGACUUUUUAACUUUAAAGAAGAAAUUGGUUCCUAAACCCAGACCUAAAGUGCCACAAAAGUUAUUGGACCACUAUCAUAAACAAUACGUUGACGAAUUGAAGAGAGUAUACAAUGACAACAAGGACAAGUUUGGAUACGGAGAAGUUGCAUUAAAUAUCGUUGAAUAG